AUGCAUCUUGCGACGAGAAUCAAAGACCUCCUUGGGCUAGAUUUCCCUGCUUAUCACGAGUACAACGUCGAUGCCUGGGAGCCGAACUUGGCUGAGUCCUCUGAAUGUGGAAAGUGGGAUCUAGACACUCAUCCAAAGAUUCAAUUAUUCGACAAAUUUUACGACCAUAUCUUUAGGUCGGACAUGUUCCCUCCCAAGCCCACCAAGGAGAUAUUCGGUUAUCUGAAGCCAGAGCGAUAUCUAACGAUUGCAUUCGUCGAGAACUCAGUGAACAUUGAGGAGGCAAGUCGCAUGAUAGAAAAAGCUGGCAAUACGAAGGACCGGUGCGUCGGUGGCCUCACUGAACGCAUCAAAAACAUCGAAACGGUUCGUCAGGUGGCAGAAUCUGCCUUUGAGACCGUGGGCAAACGACUCCGUUCUCGUUCCCCUCAGAAACGCCAGCCUAAUCCACACUUUGGCGAGUUGAGCCUGACUAGUUGA